CGUACUUUUCCCCGUCGGAAGCACAAAUCCUCAUGGAGGCAUACGAGGAGGUAAAAGAUAUAAUUAAGAAGAAAGGCAACACCGCCACAGUGAUAAAGCAAAGAGAAAAAGCGUGGCAAAGUAUUGCAGACCGCCUGAAUGCAUUAAACAUGAACGGGCCAAAACGGACAUGGCAGCAGGUCAAAAUCAAAUACAAGAACAUUCUGCAGAAUGCAGUGAAAAAGAAUACCCACAGACAAGGCACGGGUGGUGGGUCACCAAAGGCUGACCUUACCCCAGCAGAGGACAUGGCCUUGGAGCUAAAUAAAGGCAGGCCCGUCUUAGAGGGGAUCCCUGGGGGGAAAGAGACGAGCAUAGGUUCCUCCCAAGAUGCCACCCGCUUCAUUCAAGUGUCUGGCAGCACUGUGUUCCUGUUAGAGCCACCAGCACAAGCACCAGACGAUGCUGAUCCAGGUGAAGGCCCCAGUGCAGCAGCAACAGCACAUGAUGGAGACGAUGAUGAGGAGGAGACCAUCUCUCUGGAUUCCAGAAGGCAUGAGGACCCAGAUGCUAUACAGUGGGAAAACCAGCCUGGCAACAUAAGCUCACAAGCUAUCAGAAAGUUGUAUGGCAACCACCUCCGGCGCCAAAUAGAACUGGCAGACAUAGACAUUCAGUACAAGAAGAAAAAGAUGGAAAAUCUUGCACUGGAGUCCGAAAUAAAAAAGAGGACAAUUAGGAAACUGGACCUUGAAAUAAAAAAACUUGAGAGGGAGGUGAGAUAUGCCUUCAAUGUACACUGUAUGCUAACUGUAACACAAAUGUAUUAAUCAUUAUUUUUCUUUCCUCCCCAGCUCCAAGAAGA